UUCUAGAACCAUCCGGCGUCCUCUCCCUAAACGCAACAGUCCAAUAAGCGCCGCAGCAACGCUUCAAGAUAGGUUUAACGGCCCCCUUAUCCAGCUCAACCCCGUCGUCCCCCGCUCCUCAGCUUUCGUUCUCGCGCUCAGUGUCAUUUGCAGUUCCCGGCAGUAGCCAUGGCGUCGGUGCAGCUGUCUGGGCCGCGGGUGGUGGCGGCUGCGAAACCAGCUACGGUGGGCGGGCUCCUCCUGACGCCGUCCCUUGCGGUGCCAACGGGGCGGAGGGCCAGGGGGCUCGUGGUGAGGGCCGCCACGGUCGUGUCACCCAAGUAUACUUCCAUAAAACCAUUGGGAGACAGAGUACUUGUGAAGAUCAAGACAUCUGAGGCUAAAUCUGAGGGAGGGAUUUUACUUCCAGUAUCAGUUCAGACAAGACCACAAGGAGGGGAAGUUGUUGCGGUUGGAGAAGGGAGAAGUUUCGGAAGUAACAGCAUUGAGAUCAGUGUUCCGGUUGGUGCACAAGUUGUCUACUCGAAAUACGCGGGCACAGAAUUGAAAUUCAAUGAUGCCGACCAUCUCAUUUUGAAAGAGGAUGACAUAAUUGGUAUUCUCGACAGUGAUGAUGUGAAGGAUAUGAAACCGCUGAAUGAUCGCAUUCUGAUUAAGGUUGCUGAAGCUGAAGAACAAACUGCUGGUGGUUUGCUAUUGACGCAGGCGACUAAGGAGAAACCUUCUGUUGGAACAGUGGUAGCCGUUGGCCCAGGGCCAUUGGGUGAGGACGGCAGCAGGAAUCCCCUGCGGAUCACUCCUGGAAGCAACGUGAUGUAUAGCAAGUAUGCAGGGAGUGAGUUCAAGGGCGAGGACGGUCAGUACAUCGUGCUCAGGUCGUCUGACGUCAUGGCUGUUCUUACCUCUGAUUCCGAAGCAUACAGCGCCAUUUAUGAAAUGUAGGAAGCUUUGAUGUUGAGGCCGAACCUUGUCUUCCAUUUUUCUCCUGUUUGGAAUUGCUGGAAGGUUUUAGCUGUACUUUGGUGCGAAUUACAAGGAAAAUAAAGCUGAGUAGCGUAGACUUGAGACAAGACCGUGCUAUAUGCCUAUUUGGCUGGUUGGUGAGCUGACCAGCAUGUCGGAUUCGGCUGUUCUUCCUGGUAGUCAGCGUUUUACACCAAGAUUGGCCAACGGCAUCAAUAUUACUAAUAUUUUCAUCUUGCAA